AGAGAGAAGGAACGGCGAGCUUCCGCUUCCUUAUGCUCCGCCGCGGACUGCAUCAACCAGUCGCACGGUCGCGCUCACAUAAGAAACUGGGAUUCGAGAGGCAACCCCCUACUCGCGAGCCGCGGCGCGGUUUCCGUGAGCGGAAGAGAUUCGGUACCCGGGGAAUGUCCGUGCUCGCGUGACGCAAUCGCGACUACACCGAGCGCGAAAAUUUCGUUUCGACGUGACAUCGUCGUCAGCCACCUUGGGACUUCGGGAAGGCCAGUUAAUUGACUCGACGACGCUCGAUUCGCGACUAAGCAGCCGCGUACCCCCACCAUCGCCUGAUCACCGGCCACGAGUGCGUCCGAUCGAGUACGAAAACGCUCGAGCCGGCCAUCCGGCCCGUCGGAUCGGGUCCCGUCGCCUUCGUCCGGCCGUUCCCGUCGGUUUUUGGGCCCACGCUCGACGAAUCGCGUGUCUCGAACCCCCCACUGCUCCACUGGACAUGAAGAAGGGAGGCCAUCGGGCCUCCUGGACGACUCUUGCAGCCGUCAACGAACCAGAAAACAUGCGCCGCGCUGAGAAACCAACGAUCUCCAUGGAUGCCUAAGGAUGUUCCUCGACGCAACCAGAAGCGGAGGAUGUACCUCUAUCCGUUUCCUCUUCCUCUUCUCUCUCUACUUCUUCUCCUUCUCACCGCGCUACCUCUUCUUCUACCUGGUGACGGACGAGCCCGACCAGGCGGAGGAGGAUCUCCAUGGGAAGAAGCGUCGAGGGUGAAAUCGUCUUAAUGACGGGGUGCGGGCUCCUCGAUGACGCUGUUGCACACCGACGUGGAGGGAAACAGAGGGAAGAAAGGCAGAGGAAGAGAGAAGAACGAGAGAAGAAGAGCGUGUGAGAAUACGAGAGGGCCAGAGGGGCAGAAACGAUCAACCAAAGUUCCUAUUUUUCACGUGUUUUAUGCGAAUAUCGCUUAACAAAGUAGGACGUAAGAAGAGAAGAAGAAGAAGAAGAAGAAGAAGAAAAAGAAGAAGGCAGAUUAACGCGUUUCUCUCUCGGAUUGUCCGUAUCCGGGAUUCGCCUGAUUAAAGUGGGGAGAAGCGCGGAGGGUGAAACGCGGGACACGCGCGAACACGCACGCCGGAAACCUCGUGUCCGCGGCACCAGGGACACCCUCCCGCGCUAAUUAGCCAGCCAAUUAGAAAGACCGCGGCCAUGCGUAAUGAGCUGCGCGCGCAAAAGUUCCUAAACGCCACGAUACAAUGUUUUUUCAUGCGGAUGCCUCGUUUCGCCGGCCUGCUUGCGUCACAGGCGACCACUGAUAAUAUUGAUAAGACGUAAUAUACGCUAAGCCGUAGAGAAUAAAGUAGUAAGACAAAGGAAAAAGAACAAAAAAAAAAAAAAACAAUUUAGCGAAAGUUAACGCGACAAGCAAGAAGAGCUGCGGGAUAUCGGGACCGAGUUUACGUCUUCGUGGUGAAAAAUCGACGAAGUCGCUGGUUUAUUAACGACGAUGCUGUUUACGAAGAGUAUGAAUCGAGCGGAAUGUGAAUUUUCAGAAAGGACGGUCGUCCUGGGAGAAGGGAAAUCGUGUCUCGCAGCGUCCAGAUUCGCCAGGCAAUAAGAAAACACGUACGAAUUUAAAGAAAAAAAAAAAGAGAAAAAAAACAGAAAAACAGGAUAUCUGGGUGGCUGUGCCGAAACGGACAGAGUGUAAUUUAAUUCGCGAAGUUCCAGCGAAUCGAUCGAGUCCCGAUCGCCCAUCGAAGCAGCCGUUUUCUCCAAAUUUCUUCCCUUCCUUCCCCUCUUUUCUUUUUGUUUUAAACCAAAGAAAACGUCGUUUUGAACGUAACCGAGCUGUCACGUGGCCGCUCCCCUUGAAGCAAUCCUCGAACCGCGACGGUGGUGUCCUGUCGACGGUGUUUUUAACCUCUCUAAGCGAAACGGUUCUCGCGCUACGAUUAAUAAAUAUAUACCUAGGAAAUUAAGCGAAGAAGAGCAAAUCUAUAUAUAUAUAUAUAUAUAUAUAUACAUCUAUAUUAUAUAUACACACUUGGAAAAGCGUAUUUAAUUAUAUAUUCCUAUACACAUGCAAGGAGCACAUGUACAGGUAUUUUAAUAAGCUCGCGUAUAACUAGCCUCGGUAUAAGUGUUCCGAUAAAAAAAGUACUAGCGAGGGAAGCACAAAAGGUAAAGCUCGACGCUUAGAAGGAAAAAGAAAAAAAAAAAAUUUCGCCGGAUUUGUUCCCUCGCCUUCCGGUUUCCGGCCAAAGAACAACGCAAAUUUUUGCAACAACAAGAUUGGUAUUUUUUAUGAAACGCGACACAGCAACUACGGUGGAACGAUAUAGUAGAGUACGAGGUUAAAGGAGUAUAAUAAAAUGUCGACGAUGAGUGUCGUGUCGAAUUCGUCGGUCGAGGUCGACUCGGAUUCCUCGAACGACGUAUCCAGCAAAGACGAUGGACCCGCCGAGCAAAAGUUCAUCCUGCGUAACGAGCUGUACAACAGCCUGCUGGCAAGCGCCCUCGGCAAGACGGUGCUCAACAGGCACCUGAACUUCAAGGAGCAGGGGAUUAAUUUUAAUCUGGCCAAUUUAAAGGAUAACCUGAACGCGCUUGGCGCCCUUAAGGAGCUGAAGGAUCUCAAGGGUUUGACCGUGAGCAGCGUGCCGGCUUUCCCAAGAAACCUUGCUCUGCAUAGGGAGGACCACGACGAGAAAGCCUCUUUCGCGUGGUCUGAGGGCGGCGAGGAAGGUGGCGGGGGCGGAGGAGGCGGCGGAGGUGGAGGCGGAGGCGGUGGUGGAGGUACAACCGGCACCGGUACCGGAAGCACGGGCCCAACCGCCACCGGAGGCGGUGGAUUGGCCCAUUGGGUCAGCGUGAUGGCGGAACACAUCCACAAUCCACACUCUGCUACUGGGGUGGGCGGUGUCCAUCAUCAGCAACAGUCACCCCCUCAGCCACCAUAUCCAUGGAACAACGGCCUCUCCGGUGAUCAAUGCAAUCCGCACGACAAGGAGAGCGACUAUUGGGGUGGCGGACGGGGCGCGAAACAAGGUUACGAGCACUUUCUGUUGCAGGCGAAAAUGAACGCGGACCAUGGCCAACUGCAGAAAGGUGACGAACAAUAUCGAGGCGCCGGGGGAUCCAGCAGCGGAAGUCCUCCAGCGAGUCUGCUGGUGGUUCCUCAACCUUUGACCGUGAAACCAUCUCAUCCGUCGCAUCUGAACCCCCAUUUAGGUGGACCACACUCUCAUCCACCGAGAAAGUACCAAUGCAAGAUGUGUCCACAGAUCUUCGGUAGCAAGGCGGACCUGCAGCUCCACACGCAGAUCCACAUGCGCGAGGCGAAGCCGUACAAAUGUACCCAGUGCUCGAAGGCGUUUGCGAACUCCUCGUACCUGUCCCAGCACACCAGGAUCCACCUGGGCAUCAAGCCGUACCGCUGCGAGAUUUGCCAGCGGAAGUUCACCCAACUGAGCCACCUACAGCAGCACAUCCGCACGCACACCGGUGACAAACCGUACAAGUGCCGGCAUCCAGGCUGCACGAAGGCGUUCAGCCAGCUGAGCAACCUACAGAGCCACUCCCGCUGCCAUCAGACCGACAAACCGUACAAGUGUAACUCCUGCUACAAGUGCUUCUCCGAUGAGCCCAGCCUGCUCGAGCACAUACCGAAGCACAAGGAGUCGAAGCACCUUAAAACGCACAUCUGCCAGUACUGCGGCAAGAGUUACACCCAGGAGACCUAUCUGGCGAAGCACAUGCAGAAACAUGCGGAGAGGACGGACAAGAGACCACCGAUAAUCGGUACGGGGCUCAGGCCGUCGAUUCACGCAAUGGCGGCUCAUCAUCAAGACCACUAUUGGCCGAAAGUCAGCCCAGAUUCGGUGAUCAGCGAUCUACACGACCGGCUGCCUCAUCACCACACCGACUACCAUCAAAAUCAGAACCCGGAGAUGCUAUUACCUGGCCACGGACACCGUGGCGAGUCCAUCGAGAACGAUUCGAGGCAACAGACCCCUCAACCGGGCGCCAACCAUCACCCAAACAGUAGCUCGGCAUUUACGCCGAUCUCGUCGAUCUCGAUAAAUUCCAUCUCCUCCAUGCAACAUCCGCUGAAUCCACUGAACCAUUUGCACUACCCUGGCAGCCAUCAUCCAGCCUCCAGGCCGUACCUCUACGAGGCCUUCAACACAACGCAGAAAUCCUCGCCGGCGUCAUCCUCGUCUGGGGUCACGUCGGGCACGACCAGCAACCAGAACGCGACCUCCUUCCCGAACCAGUUGAUCAGCCUCCAUCAAAUUAGGAACUACGCGCACCAACCCAACCUUGGAAAUCUCGGGAACUUGGGAAACCUAGGGAACCUGAGCAAUCUGAGCAACCUAAGCGCGACAAUGGAGAGCCACGCUCUCCUCGGUGGACUCAAGGAGAAACAGUAACUCCGGCUGGUCGCGGAGAUUAGGAACAAAAACUAUUUGCUACUUCUCCUCGAUUUCUUUUCUUCUUCUUCGUCUAUACCUGUACCUCAUCCUUAUGUCCUAUUUUUCCCGCGAUCUUUACAGGGUCCAGGAUGUUUGUAUGAUAUUUUACAUUGCGUUAUGAGUUUGUUCGGAAGGGAAACGCCUAUCGAACAUUCGCUGCUCCUACGUUUCGCCCUUAUACUUCUUUUAGCAUUUAAUUUCUAUGGGACAUUCUGAAAACUGUUUGCGGUGUGUGCAUGCAGCCUGAUCAAGAGUGAUUUUGUGUAGGGUUCCUGUCUUUAUUUAGGAUGGUGCUGGGUGUAGUUAUUCGCUGUGCGAUAAUAGUCAGUUUGUAAAACAACAAUUGUAUAUUUUUAUACAUUUUGGUUUAACAGGAAUCGCUUACACGUAUAAGCAUAAAUAUAUAUGAAUAUAUAUCUCGAAGAUGAGAAACCUAUUUAAAAAAGAAAUACUGCGUUUUGUUUACUCUUUAAACGAUCUCUUUCGUUAGUUAAUGAGAACUAUGGAAAACAGACCCAUUUACGUAAAUCUGAAUAAUUGAAAAUAACGAAUAAUGUAUAGAAUAUUCUAUAUUUGGAAGAUCAGAUAACUUAAAGGAAAAAAUUCUUCAUUUUCUUGUACAAUCUUAAACGAAUUUAUUUCAUCAAAUAACAACCUGGAACUGUUAAUGAAAACGAUCGCAAACGUAUCUAAACAGCGAAAGAUCGACGACUCGAUCAAAAGAGAAAUACCCUACCGUUAUUUCCAUCGAGGAACAUUAAUCUUGUCGAAAAACAUUUCACGAGUCGAGUGCAAAUCGAUUUGGCGACUUUUAAUCGUUUCAAUGCUACUGGCCAUUCAUGCAUGAAACACAAAUAUUAGAAAGUACCCUGUUCGAUGUGGUAUCGAUCGGGUAACUUCCUAUCGAUUCGCCGAGAAUCGGCAAAAUCGAUUUGCGAUCGAAGUCCUCCCAAUAUAACCAAGCGUUUAACCACGACGCUGAUUAACUUUCACGUUCGUAGUUAGCUAGAAAAUAACUUGGAACGAUAAUCGACGAGCAUGUUUCUCGAUGUUCCCUCCGAUUACCCAUGGCGAAUAGCCAUCCGACUAUCCUGAACUCUCCACUCGAAUUUAUCACAUUUCCUAGCAAAACUACUUUCGAGAGACGUCCUUCUUCAGUUCCAAGCGAAUACUUUCAUCCUCCCUCUGCAAUCCACCCCGGAGAUCUCCUUAGGUUAACGUUCUACUUCAAGUUUAACAGUCCUCCUAAGUCUUCUUUUCUUUCUAUUGAUACUUAAUCAUCCGUUGGUCCCAUCGAUUUAUAGUGUUACUGAUGUUGGAGAGAGGUUUUAAUCUGGCCGAAUUUUGUAGUUUGAAUAAGGUUUUGUUAUUAUGAAUGUUGUACAGUGGAGUUGUUUAGCGAAAUUUAGAAAUCUUGGGCUUGUUUAACUCGGAUUUUCGUAAUUUCGUUGGAUCAGUGAUUUGUGGUAGAUUUUUUGGUAUUUAAUUUGCAACCAAUGUUGUGGUUUUGUUACACGUAUUUUAUAUACGUAGCAUGAAUAUUAAAUAUUCUUCGAUGUGACUGCUUCCUUUUUUUUAUUUCGCAUAUAAAUUCGCUAUAGAAUGCAUUAGUGUAUGAUCGCGUAGCACUGUACGACGAGAAUAUCGUACAGAUGUACAAAGAAUCACCUCGAAGAUUAUCUUAUCGUUCCAGAGGACGAAUUCAAAACGAUAAUUUCCCAGGAAUUUAGAAAAUAGUUCUAAAAAUUGCAGCAAUCACGAAACCAAUCGCUUUUUGAAACUCGUCCUGUACAUUCAACGAAAAAAUCUUGUGAAGUAGCAGAAACGUAGUUUAAAAGCAAUUAUUUCGUAGAUCAACACGUGCAAUCCGUUUCAUUCAAUUUUCAUUAUAUUUUCUAUUGCAAAGGUCUCUUAAUUGGUAUCAUUGAGGUUCAUGACAAUUUCGAAUUGGAUUAUCUAAUAUUGAGAACGUAACGUAGAACGUAGAAUGCAAAAUGAAAUUAAAAAUCCUAAAUUUUAGUAAUCCAACGUGAAUCAUAGUCAUUUAUGAUGCAACGAUAGUAUUCGAAGAUUAAUUUUUAACAGACAGUUUUGGUUCAUAGAUAGCUAUGAUAGUUAACUAUCUAUGACAUAAAACAAUACAAAAACUACGAAUUGAAAUUAAAAAAAAUACUUUGAAAUUAAAUAUUUAAUUAAAUGUUUAAUCGAAACUUACCUACGAUCUAAUAAUACCAAUUGGGGUUGAUACUCAAAAAUCGCUCGUCCACGAUUAGAGGAAGAGAUGAAAAUGAGUAUAACCGGCGAGAAUCGAUGGGACCGCGGUUAGUUCCGUUCUUUUCGUGUUCCUGCCUCCCAGGAGCAUCGUACGUAAGAGGGAAUAGCAAAGCCAGGAGAAAUCGUGUCGUGGAGUAGAGCUAUUUUCCAAGGGGUGGCUCGCCCCCUGGAACCGGUGCGGGGGGAUGGGCACACCUUUCUAGGUCGAGUGGACGUUUCGUUCGCAACGGGAUAAUUAACGAAGCGAAUGUGUGUGUUUGUGUGUGUCUGAGCAUGCCAGAGACUCUUCUGUGUAUGUGUGUGCAUGUGUCUGUGUAUGUAGUUAGGCGAGUGGGUGAUAGAGGAGAAGAAAAAGAGAUAGGUGAAUGGAUAGUGAAGGAAAAGGAAAAGAGUUGGACGAGUAGGUGGCAGAAGAGAAGGAAAAGAGAUAGGCAAGUGGGUGAUGAAGGAAGAGGAAAAGAGUUGGGCAAGUGGAUGGUGAAGAAAAAGGAAAAGAGUUGGGCGAGUGGAUUUUAAAGGAGAAGGAAAAGAGAUAGGUGAAUGGAUAGUGGAGGAAAAGGAAAAUAGUUGGACGAGUGGGUGGUAGAGGAGAAGGAAAAGACAAAAAAAAAGUGGGAGUCGAAGCAUCACACGCACCAUUUAAAUAGGAGUUACACGCGUACACAUACAUUACAUGAGGGCACAAAUCGUGUGAAUAGCUUUUUUUCAGCGAGAAAACGGAGAGCACGGGAGUGAGUGAGGGUGCAAGAGAGAUUUAGGGUAGGUCGACGACAGUGCCACGAAAUUAUAAAUGCGAAAGUAACGGAGAUAAUAGGGAAUUAAAAAGGGGACGAGGAGCAGAGAGAAAGGGGAGAGAGAGAGGGAGAGAGAAAGAGUAGGCGAGCAUGUAAGAAGGGGUAAGAUAGGGUUGGAACGCGAGCAACUAUACAGGCGCACAGAGAAAAAGAGAACGGUACGGAGAACCUCCAUGUACAUAGUUAUUAUAUAUAUAAAUAUAUAAAUAUAUAAAUAUAAAUAAAUGAAUAAAUAAAUAUUAUAUAUUAUUAUUAUUAAUUAAUUAAUUGAUCGAUAUUCGGUAGGUGCGUAAGGGAAAAAAAGAGAGCAAGAGGAUAUAGACUCUACUGAAGAUAUUCUAAGUACCUUGUCUAACACGAAUAUAAUUAAAGAAGUGAAAACCGUGUGAGUGAAAUAAAGAGAAUGAAUGGGAGAAUGUUCGAAGUUAAAAGAAAAAGCAAGCAAUCGUUGCCCAAAGUUAUUUACGAUAAUUUUUCUUUCUCUUAAGAGCGCGUUUCCGUUCUACGAAACCGCGGUACGAUCAACCUUGGCGAUCGGUUCUUUCUCUACUUAUCACGCCGUUAUUUCUUUUCCUUUCAUUUCGAUAGUCUAUAAAAUGAAGAUCAUCGAUCGUCGUGGCUUAUCGAGCCCGGUUAUUUAGAAAAAUUCGAGACGUACGAAAAUUCGACGUAUGCCGAAUGAAAAGAGAGAAGAACACACGUGUACUGUAGAUAAUUUCUUGUUACGGCGCCGCCGAUGUCUCGUUUCGUGGCUCUCUUCUUAAUCGGUUUUGAUCGAUCCGCGAGGUGCAGGGCUAUAAAAAGAUUUCUCUUUUAUUUUUAUCAUUUUCUAACUGAACUCUAACUCUUUUUACUUUUUUGUCGUUUUCACGUCCAUUACUUCCUUUUCUACGAAUGAACGAUAUUCUAUUCUAAGGUCCAUCUUCCUUAUGGACAGAAAAAAAAAUAAAUAAAAAAGAAGUGAGACACACGAGACGCGACACGUCGGCGCUUCACCUGUGCUCAAGUUGUUUAAAACUAUUAGUUUGUUAACUAAGAAGCGAGAGAGGUUGGAAGAAAGAGAGGGAGAGAGAGAGAGAGUGAGUUUGAACGAGAGAGAGAGAGUGAGUUUGAAAGAGAGAGAGAGGGGGAGAGAGAGAGGAUGAACGAAAGACUGGAAUGAAUGAGAAAGAGUAAACGAGAAAGUGUUAAUUAAUAAUUCCGCGUGGAAAGCGGAGCCCGAUCGCGGUCUCUCGUUUCGUUCGACGUUUGUUCUUUCUUGUUUAUUUCAAGAUCGACUUAUGAUCGUCGACAAGGAAUAAACGAUUCAAACAUAGUAGAUCGUUAAAUGAAUGUGAAGCAAAGAGAACAGGAGAACGUCGAAGAAAGCGCGCGAGAAAAAUCGUAGAACAAAAGGGGCGGUUGUAUUCGGGCAAGAAAUACUGAAAGGAAAAAAAAACACGAGAGCAAUCGUCUUUUUUUUUCUUUUUUGUUCGUUGAUAACGAAAUUGAACACGAGGGUGAGGGUGGGGACGGGGCGAGAGUGGAGGAAUUUGUUUUUUUUUUAAUUCGGGGGUUGUGGGUGGUUAUAACGAGCGUCGUCGUCUUCGUCAGGUCCCCCCGCGCUUUAAUUGUGAUCUUUUUUUUGUGUCUACCCUUUAGUUUCCAUUUGAUGAUUAUUUUAUUAUUAUUUUAUUAAUAUUAUUAUUAUUAAUAUUAUUAUUAUUAUAAUUAUGAUUUCGUUUAAUAAACUGUCACAUUAAAAGACAAACGUCUGACUUGGCGGAGGAAGUGACAGACUGCUAGUGUUCUUCUGUCACGUCAUCAUCUUCCUCCCCUGAGACUACCACCAGCCCCCAUCAAUUCGAAGAACCCUCUCCUUUCUCUUCUUCAUGAACAUAAAUCGCGUGAAGGAACUCCUUAUCCCUAAGUACGUUUCUUUUCUCAUAUUUCUCUUAGGAAACAGAGGUUCUUCCGUUUUAUUCUAUUAUAUUUUUAACAACGCGAAUUUGAUUUACAGAUUGAAGUCACAGAGUUGAU